CGGGACCGGCUCGGGGUUCCGGCGGCCAGUGCCAACGGAGUCGCCGGCCGCGGCGGAGGAGCCGCAUUCGCACCCAGAGCCCGAGCCGGGGGAAGGAGCGGGAGCGUCUGACCAGGAAGCUUGACCUGGACCGCCCUUUGGACCUGACUGAGUGUUUUCGGUAGCAGGAAACCGGUGACACAGGGGCAAGAUGGAUCAAGUGCUGGAGACCACCGAGCUGCCUGCCGUGUUCGAUGGGGUGAAGCUAGCGGCUGUUGCUGCUGUCCUCUACGUGAUCGUCCGCUGCCUGAAUCUGAAGAGCCCAACGGCCCCGCCGGACCUCUAUUUCCAGGACUCGGGGCUCUCCCGCUUCCUGCUCAAAUCCUGUCCUCUGCUGACCAAAGAGUACAUCCCCCCGUUGAUUUGGGGCAAGAGCGGGCACAUCCAGACGGCGUUGUACGGGAAGAUGGGACGAGUUAGGUCCCCUCAUCCUUAUGGCCUGCGCAAGUUCAUCACCAUGUCAGAUGGAGCCACGUCCACUUUUGACCUUUUCGAGCCCCUGGCGGAGCACUGCAUUGGAGAUGACGUCACGAUGGUCAUCUGUCCUGGAAUUGCCAACCACAGUGAGAAGCAGUACAUCCGCACCUUUGUGGACUACGCCCAGAAAAAUGGCUACCGGUGUGCCGUGCUGAACCACCUGGGAGCACUGCCCAACAUCGAGUUGACGUCUCCACGCAUGUUCACUUACGGCUGUACCUGGGAAUUUGGAGCCAUGGUGAGCCACAUCAAGAAGACCUACCCCCAGACACAGCUCAUUGUGGUGGGCUUCAGCCUGGGAGGGAACAUCGUCUGCAAAUACCUGGGCGAGACCCAAGCCAAUCAGGAGAGGGUCCUGUGCUGCGUCAGCAUGUGCCAAGGUUAUAGCGCGCUGCGGGCUCAGGAAACCUUCAUGCAGUGGGACCAGUGUCGGAGAUUUUACAACUUCCUCAUGGCCGACAACUUGAAGAAGAUCAUCCUCACUCACAGGCAGGUUCUAUUUGGAGAUAAUGUCAAGAAGCCCCAGAGCCUAGAAGAUACGGACUUGAGUAGGCUAUACACCGCAACAUCCCUCAUGCAGAUCGACGACAACGUGAUGAGGAAGUUUCACGGCUACACUUCCCUGAAAGAAUACUACGAGGAGGAGAGCUGCAUGCGGUAUUUGCACAGGAUCUACGUCCCACUCAUGCUGGUUAACGCGGCCGAUGACCCCUUGGUGCACGAGAGCCUCUUGUCGAUCCCCAAAGCGCUUUCAGAGAAACGGGAGAACGUCAUGUUUGUGCUGCCUCUCCAUGGGGGUCACCUGGGCUUCUUCGAAGGGGCGGUGCUGUUUCCGGAACCCCUGACCUGGAUGGAUAAGUUGGUGGUGCAGUACGCCGACGCCAUCUGCCAGUGGGAACGCAGCAAGUCCCAGUGCUCUGACACGGAGCAAGUGGAGGCCGACCAGGAGUGAUGCCCCAACGGACUCUCUGGUUCGCUCCGGCACCCCCACCCACCCCCUCUCCUGGAACACCGCCUCCUCCUCUCCCUCCUCCUCCUCCUCCUCCUCCUCUCCCUCCUCCUCCUCCUCUCCUCCCUUCCCUGCCGUUUCAGGCUUCCCCAUGGUCUGACCGCACUGUGUUGGAGCUGGGGAGCCGGCAGCAGAAAGUCUGCUUGACGUGAGCGUCUCGCACAGGGUGGGUGGGUGGCACCCAGGGUGUCUAGGGCUCUUUACGCUUGGGUUGCUGGUUUUCCUCGGCACGUCGCGGUGGCGAGCGGCGGGGUGUCCGCCUGCCUAGCUCCUUCAUCUGUUACCUUAAAGCCAACUGUCAUUUAAUUUCCCGGAAAACGCCCGGUAGUGGUGUCCUUGCUUUGCCAAUCAAGAAUCCUCCUGAGGACCUUGCAGGUUAUGUCUUAAAGCUUCACGUCAACCUUCAAAGGGCCUCCCGGUUUCUCCCCUAGGCUGAGGGGGAAACCCAGGUCAGUUUGGAUAGGGCAUCUCGCUGGGUGUGAGUGCCUGGGAGGGGAAACUCCAAAUGUGGAGGAGGAACUCCCCUCGAAGUUUGAGCCAAAUGCCAUUCUUACAUGACCACCCGCUCUCCCCAAGGGGUCGGAUCCUACUGGCACGAUUUGUCCUUAGGCGGGGUAGAAGCCUCUCCCAUCUGAAGCACAGUUUUCUGAGCCCGGCUGACAGUGGCAACACGGUCCGGCCGGGUCUCAGCUCUGUGUUCCGGCCGUUCGGGCUUUCCUGGUCCCUCCGGGUUCGGUGAAGCCUCCCAGCCCCACCUCGACUUUUCCGUCUUGUAAGGGCCCGUCAGGCUGUCGGUUGUCUGGAUGUUAUCGUUUGCCUCGUUUGUUUCUCAUUCCAUGGGAGAUUUCCUCCGGCCCCCGGAUCACAGCUGUGCUUUCCCCGGGUGUCUAUACAACAGGCUCCGGUUCCUGUGGGGCCCCAGGGUGGGAUUUGAAGAAGGAAAACGAAGCCGCUGGCCCUGCUGAUGAAAAGCCACAUUCUCUUUCCAAGUGCCAUUCUGACAAGGGCCCUAACAAAUCCUAGUUCUGACCUUUGCCUGGAAGCGGUCAGGAAGGAUGCCUCAAAGUCUCAACCUUCCCAAUGCCCCCCCACCCCAGGAUCCCCAAUACUCCUGUUCCCCGGUUGAGUGAAGGGUACCGUGGUACCAAAGCCCACCACUGUCCCAUCAAAGCCAGUGACCCCUCCCCCCUCAUCCCCCACAGUCGCCGUGAGGAGGACUUCAGACUUUAUUUCCACCCUCUCCCUCCCACCGACUCAGGGCAGGCUGGAAUAAGGCAAAGGUGAAAUCCGAAAACUCAUCCAGAGAGGGCUCUUCCCGAUGGAGCUGGGAGAAAGAAUCAAUAGGUGGUAUUUAUUGAGCACUUAACUGUGUGUCAAGCACUGUAGUAGGCGCUCGAAGGCGUGCUCCCGCUGCCGGCCCCUGCCCCCUCCCCUUGUUAAAAACUACAAAUAGCUGUAGCCUAAAGCAAGUCUCACACCACUCCUUCCCGGGUUAUGGUCGGUUCCCUUCCCUCCUAGCAUCAAUUAGCACUUUAUUGCAUUAGCCUGGUGCUUUAGGAAUUAGACACUUUAAUUGGGCUUUUUUAAACGCUUCCUUUCUUCCUCCUUUUCCCAUCUCCCCUCCUCCCCUAACUACUCACAUGCACACACGGGAUCUCCAGGACACGUGCACACAUGGGAUCCCCGGGACGUUCAUAGAUGUGUCGCCUCUAGGUCCUCUCACCGUUUCACUCGUCAGUGGACCGAAGCAAUAAUGAACUCCAGUUAAGGUGGCCAGAUGAGGAAGUAGAAGACUCAUUUCAUCGGCCUCAGGCCGGACCUGCCGACCUGUCCCGAACACAUUCUUUAGGAGGAAAGAUGGGGUUCCUUUUGCUUCCUGGACACAGGGAGACAGUCACGGGCCCCCAUCUCCCACAGCUUCCUCGCUGUCUCUUGUUUCUUAUCAAGCCUUCUCCACUGGCCUCUGGGGGGGAUGACAGGCUGGUGUGCCAGUCUCCCUAGACUUUUUCAGGACCCCUCCAGACCCCAAACCUGCAAAAUCUUCAGGAUCCGGGCCUCCGCUGAAAUCUUGUGGGCGGUGAGAACCCCGUCGGGGCUCACAUUUCCGAUUUAGAUCGAGUGGGAGCAACCCGGACCCUUGGUACGGGGCCCAAUCUCUCCAGCUAAGAGGUGACGAUGUGGAUGUGGCAUUCAGUCUUAGCUUGUUCUGCCCUGAAUGAACACCGGGGAAGGGGAUUAAUUUAGAUAAACAGACACUUUCCCAUCAAGCGCUGAGUAACAGCAGGCAGCAGCCCCUUCUCCGUAGAUUUUCCCUGACGUCCUAGGCCCCCCGGUCUGUUUUUCUUGGAGGCGGUCUUCCCGGAGGACUCUGUGAGCCCUGGCCCCCUCCAGCUAGGAUGCCAGUAGAUAGCUCGGGGGGUGGGCAGCGGGUUUUCUCUGACCUCGCGCCGCCUCCCGUCAGCAGGUGAAUCCAGAUGGAAAGGCAGAAAAAUCCCUGUUCCUUGUGGCUUUCCCUACCUGUUGGUCCUGAAAUAUACCAAAUAUUAAGGAACAUCAUUUUUCCCACGUGUUCCUGGCGCCUCCCCCAGCAGAAUAGAGACAUGGCCCAGCCCAGGGCAAGAACGAACCUGAAAGUAUCACAGCCUUAGAAACUCAUUGGCAGGGCGAAGCGUUCACAUCCUAUUUAGGGCCCUCGUUGUGCAAGUGGUGAAGGCCACCGGGAUGAAGUGGUGAGAUGCAGCAGUAGAUGGAAUCACUGCUCCCUCCUUGCCCACUGAAAAUACGCGACGGAGUCCGUCCAGGAGCUGAUUUUGGGCCUGGGUGGUAUGGGAGCAGACUGGGGUGGGGUCGAAGGCAGGGGGAUGGCAUUUAGGGGGCGAUCUGUCCUCCCUGGAGCACGUUAAGAGAGCCGGCCUAAUUCCCUGCUGCACUUUAAGGUGGAGUGCAGAGACGGGGCAGGAGGAAUGUGCUGUGAGUGUGCUGAGUGCUCUGCCGAUCGUCGGCUCUGCCCUCCCUCGUCUUCAGUUGCCUCACUUCAGACCAAGACCAUCCCCAAGGGGCCGGGAGAGGAGAGCAAGGCCUUACCGGUAAAGACCCAGGUCCUCCAACAAAGUGGGACUAAGAGGCUCCCUCAGCCGUGGCCGGAGGGGUUUGUGGCCUACGCUGGUGCCUUCUUGGGGUCGGGGAAGAGACAGGCCUGUCAUCUUCGGGGAUGUAAGCCCGGUGGGAAUCUGGACAACCUAGGUGGCUCAUCCUAGCUGCUCCCCAUUUUACUUUCCAAGAAGGAAGCUUUUGUAGCCUUCAUUAGACAUAAUUCUUUCCUUGGCCCAGACAACCAGUUCCCAUUUGACUCGCUUGAGAGAAACGGUAUCCACAUUAUCGUCUGGGUUUACAGGUGUGGGUGAAUGUGUGAAGGGUGAACGCGUGCUCGUAUUCUCUCUGACUCUGUCUCUCUGUGUGUCUCUUUCUCUGAAGCAUUAAUUCUAACUUCAUACCAGUAUAGAAGUAUCUUUGCUAAGUCUUGAUUCUUCAGCAGGGCAAACGUUAUUUAAUGCAAAAUCAAUUCUGGAUUUUAUCAUCUCAAUCGAGGACACCUUUCAUUAAAUCACAGAGCUUACCCUGGCACUACAAAAAGUACCCGGGUCUUUACCUCCCCGUAACUCACAAAAGCGAUGGAACAGAACCCCAAGGGGCCAAGAAUUUCCCAGGAUCCUCCAAGUCCAUUAAAGCAGUUCCCCCCACCCAGUGCAAGGGGUCCCAGGCCAGCUAAACCCAUCAACCAUCAAUCUAAUAAGUCCUCGCUACAUGGAUCUGCCACAGAGCCAUCUUGGCUCCAGGCAGCAUCUGCUUUUCACAGCAGCUGGGGUUGGGCUGGACUUCUGGAGAGAAUCUCUAAGAUUGGUCCCGGCAGGGGAAAGGAGAAGUGUGGGAAGGGUCUUCCUGCCCACUUCAGGGCCUCCGCCAUCCAAGCGGAAAAAAAAAUAGCUUCCAGAACCAGGUGGCCUUUCCGUUGCCAAAUUGCAUCGGAAAGGAAGGUGGAUGAGCCAGCGUUAAAAGAGGUGAGGAGAGUCAGGAGGCGGUCCAUCGAGGGCAAAAAUGGUGCCCUCGGGCCGGCGUGGCUUCUACCCUUGGGGACCCUGGAUCUCUGAAAUGGCCUGCUGCUUCUCCUCCAAGUAAGGCUUGGAUGGCCAUCCCCCUGGGAUGGGGACCAGCCAGCCCUUACCAGGGAAAUCACUGGGGCCGCCUCAUCUAGGGAGCACCCCACCCCCCCAUAACCCCCAUCCUCCCUCCCCCUUCCUCAGGCUGCGAUUUCCUGAUCGGUGUGUGGGUGAGUGAGUUUGUGUGUGUGUGUGUGUGUGUAUGAAGCUUUUGUUCCUUCUGAAUGGGCUUACUGAACUCCUAACGGGGUAGUGAGUUCCCAAAGAGACUCCCAGAGGUCUUUCGAUGGUUCCCCAGAAAUAGCAGUAAGGGCCUUCCCCCCCAGACCUCGGCCUUGGCUGGGUGGCAGCCGCUGAGUUGGGCCGAAAGCCCACCGUUGCCUUGCCAGCCGGUCGAGGGCCAAGCUAAACGGUUGAAAGCUGGACCCGCGGGGGCCUCGCCCACUCCGGGGCCCGGUCCCUGGCCGCACCUCUCAAGAAAUGGCAGCCAGCAGGUCCGGGAAGCUGAGAAGCCCAGUGAGGGCCUGCUCACCGCCAGCCUCCCCCAAAGUUGACUUGCGGUCAUGACCAAUUGGUGAUUUCUCUCGGGUUCAGCCCAGAACCGUUUGGUUGUUCCCAAAGCACAGUUCCAAGCAAACGUCCACGAUCCCCUCCCCGGCCAAGUUCCAGACGACGGGGUAUUCCCCGCUGCCUCAGGAAGACCUUCACUGUACCUGAGUUCUUUGACUUCUGCCACUGCAGCUGCCUUAGUGAAGCUGGGGGUCGGGGGAGGGGGGCGGGCGGGAAGAGCGUACCCUGUCUCAGUUGAACUCCUGUUCAACUUCCGUUCUCGUUUUGGCAAAUUUGCUUCUGUCACUUUCACAUUCCUGAUGAACUGGUUCUUCUUUUGGAAAUUUAAAAAGCCUCCCUGGGGAAGAAAAAAAAAAAAACACUCAGUUUUUCGUUUGUGAACUGAAAACCUUCCAGCUGCUGUUCUUAAUGGGGAAACGCAAGACCCUUCAGCUCCGCGGGGUUUAAGACUUGCAACUAGCAAUGCAAUUUUUCUAAAUCUGCUGAUUGUUUACCUUGAAACCAAGUUAUACGAAGCAAUGGCGUCCUCGGUCUCUUAAUUUUCCUGUGUUAGUUUUUGUUCUCUUUUGAUUCUGUGUGGUGGGAAACAAAGAUUAUUGCAGACAAAAACUGUAAAUUUUGUUAUCUUUGAUUCAGUGGAAUUUCUUUACUUAAAAAAUUAAAAUAAAGAAUGAAAUCCAUUCA